GCGCUGUGAGCCGAGCGGAGCGACGCGCGUUCACAGAGCCAGAGGAGAGGAGAGAAGAACCGCUGCCUUUACCCCCAUCCACUGCGCCUCAUUAUUACAAUCUGUCUUUUCACGAGCAUCAGCAUCUCUUCAAUGAAAAAAUACGAAGGGAAUUGUGCUCUGGAAUAUUCUGAUUUUGUUUUAUUUCACACUCGGACUUCAUCCAUCCGGAGUCAGCGGUCUGUCCAAGGUGGUUUUAAAGCUGAGUACCAAAUCAUGGGGCAUGAAACUGGGUCAACGCUGAUUGUUACAUGCUUCAAUCCAGGAAGUCGUCUCAAAGACCUAACCCUAAAUCCCCAAAUGCAGCUGUGAACCGUUCAAAGCACUCUAAGGAUCGCCUUCAUCAUUGCACCUUCACCUAUUUGCUUUGUUUGGAAAAAGGAUAUUUUUACACAUCCCACCAUAGAUUUGACAGACGAGAUUAGAUUUAAUCUGUUGUCAACAUUAUAUCAGCUGUUUAACAAAAGUAAAAAACAAAUAUUUCACUGUCUUAAUCUACAAAUAAUCUAUGUGGAAUACACUCAGCAGGUAAAAGCUGAAGCUAAACAGUAAUCAAAUGGUUUUGUCACAUUGAGGAUAUAUCCCAAAUUCCAACCCUUCUUUUGUGCACCCUGUUGUUUUCUACGAUGAAUCCUAACAGCCUACCUGGGUAUUUACUUAUGCUGCUAAGUACCCUGCUGAGCCUAAGCGUAGGCUUGGAGUUUACUGGUUCUGAAGGCCAGUGGGCUCGCUACAUGCGCUGGGAUGCCAGCUCCAGAAGUGACCUGACGUUUCAGUUCAAGACCUCGCAAUCAGAAGGCCUGCUGCUCUACUUCGAUGACAGUGGAUACUGCGACUUCCUGUUGCUUGCCUUGUCCAAGGGCAAGCUGCAGCUCCAUGUCAGCAUCGACUGUGCUGAGACCACCAUCACCUCUGAUAAGCUGGUCAAUGACAGCCGCUGGCACUUUGCUGCCAUCAACAGAGAGAACUUGUGGACCGGUUUAGCAGUGGACGGUCAAAGCAAGACGGGAGAGGUGCGGCCCCAGCGGCAGUUCAUGAAGAUUGUCAGUGACCUCUUUCUGGGAGGGCUCCCAAGGGAUAUUCGCACAUCUGCCAUCACCCUGCCCUCUGUCCGUGAGCUUCCACCAUUCAAAGGAAUUAUCACAAACCUCAGUUAUGGGAGUAAGUUGCCCACGUUGGUCAAUAGCCAGAAAGUUCGGCUGGAGAUGAUGGGCCUUUGCACGGAAAACCCCUGUGAGAAUGGUGGGAUCUGCUCACUGGCAGAUGGAGAAGUCUACUGUGACUGCUCCAAAACUGGAUAUGUAGGUCGAUACUGCACGGAAGCAGUUCAGAGAAAACCAGAACUCGCACACCUAAAGGCAGACCAAGGUAGAAACAAAGCACGUGAGGAGAAUGUGGCCACCUUCCGUGGCUCGGAGUACUUCUGCUACGACCUGUCGCAGAACCCCAUUCAGAGCAGCAGCGACGAGAUCACACUGUCUUUCAAGACGUGGCAGCGAAACGGCCUCCUCCUCCACACAGGGAAGUCCGCCGACUAUGUCAAUCUGGCCCUGAAAGACGGGGCGGUUUCUCUUGUCAUCAACCUCGGUUCUGGGGCCUUCGAGGCCAUCGUAGAGCCAGUCAAUGGAAAAUUCAAUGACAACUCCUGGCAUGACAUCAAAGUGACACGCAACCUGAGACAGCAAUCAGGCAUUGGACACGCUAUGGUAAACAAACUACAUUGUCUGGUGACAAUAUCUGUGGAUGGCAUCCUCACCACCACCGGCUACACUCAGGAGGACUACACCAUGCUGGGCUCUGAUGACUUCUUCUAUGUGGGUGGGAGCCCCAGCACAGCGGACCUGCCAGGAUCACCAGUUAGCAACAAUUUUAUGGGGUGCCUCAAAGAGGUAGUGUACAAGAACAAUGAUAUCCGUCUGGAGCUCUCUCGCCUGGCCCGCAUUGUUGACCCUAAGAUGAAACUCCAAGGAGACGUCGUUUUCAAAUGUGAAAAUGUUCCCACGCUUGACCCCAUCAACUUUGAGACCCCUGACUCCUUUCUUGCCUUGCCGAAGUGGAACACAAAACGCGUUGGCUCCAUCUCCUUCGACUUCCGCACCUCAGAGCCCAACGGCUUGAUACUUUUCACCCACGGUAAAGCCCAGAACCGACGUGAUGCGAAGGGCCAGAAGAACAACAAGGUGGACUUCUUUGCGGUGGAGCUGCUGGAUGGAGGGCUUUACUUACUUCUGGACAUGGGCUCUGGAACCAUCAAAGUUAGGGCCACCCAGGCUAAGAUCAACGAUGGAGCAUGGCACCACGUGGACAUCCAGAGGGAUGGUCGCUCUGGCAUCAUCUCGGUAAACAGCCGAAGAACCCCUUUCACAGCCAGUGGUGAAAACGAGAUCUUGGACUUGGAAGGGGACCUUUACUUGGGAGGCCUGCCAGACAGCCGAGUGGGUUUGAUGCUCCCCACCGAGCUCUGGACCGCUAUGCUCGACUAUGGCUAUGUGGGCUGCAUCCGGGACCUGUUUAUUGAUGGACGCAGCAAGGACAUCCGGCUGAUAGCUCAGUCGCAGAACGCAACGGGCAUCAAGUCGUCAUGCAGCAAGAUGACGGGGAAGCAGUGCGACAGCAGCCCAUGCAAGAACAGUGGGGUGUGUAAGGAGGGAUGGAACCGGUUUAUCUGUGACUGCACUGGAACGGGCUUCUGGGAUAGUACUUGUGAGAAAGAGGCUUCGAUCUUGUCCUACGACGGCAGCAUGUACAUGAAGGUGGUGAUCCCAAACAUUAUGCACACAGAAGCCGAGGAUGUCUCCCUCCGUUUCAUGUCCCAGCGGGCCUUUGGCCUGCUCAUGGCCGCGACGUCCCGUGAGUCAGCAGACACUCUGCGACUCGAGAUGGACAGCGGGAGGGUCAAACUGACGGUCAACCUAGACUGUGUCAGGAUAAACUGUAACACCAGCAAGGGCCCUGAGGUUCUUUAUGCCGGACAAAAGCUCAACGACAAUGAGUGGCACUCUGUGCGAGUGGUCCGGCGCGGUAAAAACUUCAAACUCAUUGUGGACGACGACAUGGCCGAAGGUCAGAUGGCAGGUGACCACACCCGCUUGGAGUUCAGCAAUGUGGAAACAGGCAUCUUGACUGAGAAACGCUUCAUUUCGUCAGCACCCUCCCCUUUUAUUGGCCACCUACAGAGCGUCAAGUUUAACGGUAUGCAGUACAUUGACAUGUGCAAGAAUGGCGACAUAGAUUUCUGUGAGCUCAACGCACGCUUUGGCAUGCGCUUCAUCGUCGCCGAUCCCGUCACCUUUAAGACCAAAGGUAGCUACCUGGGACUGGCCACUCUGCAGGCGUACACCACAAUGCACCUGUUCUUCCAGUUCAAAACCACCUCGCCCGACGGCUUCAUCCUCUUUAACAGCGGAGACGGGAAUGACUUCAUUGCCGUGGAGCUGGUCAAAGGGUUCAUCCACUACGUGUUUGACCUGGGAAACGGGCCCAGCCUGUUGAAAGGAAAUAGUGACAACCCACUGAAUGACAACCAGUGGCACAAUGUGGUCAUCACUCGAGACGCCUCCAACACACACACUCUCAAAGUUGACACCAAGUCGGUCACCCAGAACGUCAACGGGGCCAAAAACCUCGACCUUAAAGGUGACCUCUUUGUUGGAGGUUUGGGACCCAACAUGUAUCAGAACCUCCCCAAGCUCGUGGUUUCCCGGGAGGGCUUCCAGGGCUGCUUGGCAUCUGUAGAUCUCAAUGGGCGCCUGCCAGACCUCAUCAACGACGCUCUUUUCCGCAGUGGACACAUAGAGCGUGGCUGUGAAGUUGGUUUCACCAAAGCCGACCUGCAAGGCCCCAGUACCACCUGUCAGGACGACUCGUGCGCUAACAUGGGCGUGUGCAUCCAGCAGUGGGAGAACUUCACCUGCGACUGCACCAUGACAUCAUACACAGGCACCCACUGCAAUGACCCUGGCACCACCUUCAUCUUUGGCAAAGGAGGAGGCCUCAUCACCUACACAUGGCCCAACAAUGAGAGGCCAAGCACGCGGACGGACCGCCUGGCGGUGGGCUUUAGCACCACUAUUAAGGAUGCCAUCCUUGUGCGCAUCGAUAGUGCCCCACGCCUGGGUGACUACAUCAUGCUCCACAUUGAACAAGGCAAAAUCGGUGUGACAUUUAACAUUGGGACAGUGGACAUAAGCGUUAAGGAGACAAACACAGAGGUAAACGAUGGCAAGUACCAUUUGGUCCGAUUCACAAGGAACGGGGGCAAUGCGACCUUGCAAGUGGACAACUGGCCGGUCAACGAGCACUUUCCCUCAGGCAACAGCGACAUUGAGCGCUUUCAAAUGGCAAAUAAGAAAAUCCCGUUCAAAUAUACCCGGCCAGUAGAGGAUUGGCUUCAGGAAAAAGGCCGGCAGCUGACGAUCUUCAACACCCAGGCCACUAUUUCUAUCGGGGGAAACGACCGGAAGCGGCCCUACCAAGGCCAGCUCUCCGGGCUCUAUUACAAUGGUCUCAAGGUUCUCAACAUGGCCGCCGAGGGCCACCCUAACAUCAAGGUCAAUGGGAGUGUGCGGCUUGUGGGAGACGUGCCCACCAACCGUGGUGCGACACGCACCACCACUUCCAUGCCACCAGAGAUGUCCACCACCUUUAUUGAGACCACCACCACGCUGUCCACCACAACCACCCGCAAACAGCGUUCGCCACAGUCUACUCAGACAACAGAUGACAUUGUUUCUUCAGCAGAGUGCUCCAGCGAUGAUGAGGACCUGGAGGAGUGCGACUCGGGACAUGCAGGAGGGGAGCUAGUCGUCCCCGUGCUAGUCGAGGACCCUAUAGAUAUCCCUUCUGUAUCCACCCGUUCACCCUUCAUCCCCCUUCCCCCAACCCUCCACCCUGUCCUCACCAUUAUCGACACCACCAAAGAAUCCUUGGCCAUAGCCACAGAGGCGGGGGUACCUUGCUUGUCGGACCGAGGCAGCGAUGAUUGUGAUGGUGGUGAUGAUGGUGAUGAUGAUGAUGAUGAUGAUGAUGAGGGCAUGGUGAUUUCGGGGUUUGGCUCUGGCGAAGCUUUCGACUCUAGCCUGCCCCCGACUGACGAUGAAGAUUUUUACACCACCUUCUCCCUGGUAACAGAUAAAAUCUUGACCACAUCGGCUUAUGAAGGCGGCUACAAAGCUCUCGUGCCCAAGUGGGAACCCAAGGACUUGAGGCCUAGCAAAGCCUCAGAGGGAGGUAGGACUACACCCACCUCACCUCUGCCUGAUGUCCGGGGCACACCGCCUGCUGCGGUCCCCUCCGAUAUGCCACCCAAGCUGCCUGCAGGGAAAAUGGACAACCGCGAGGUAAAACCUCUGCAGCCAGACAUGCCAGUCCUGCUGCCCUUGCCGACAUCCUUUGAUGUGGACGGCACCAAGCCAAGGGGACCCUUCAUCACUUCACCCAUGCUGCGCACAGUACCUGCUGCCUUGCCCACGGUGCCCGGUGUGGUGAAGCGCGUGCCACCCGGAGUCUCGGAGGUGAUCCGUGAAUCCAGCAGUACCACGGGCAUGGUGGUGGGAAUUGUCUCAGCUGCCGCCCUCUGCAUCCUCAUUCUCCUCUACGCUAUGUACAAGUACAGGAACAGGGACGAGGGUUCCUACCAGGUGGAUGAAACGCGCAACUACAUCAGCAACUCUGCGCAAACCAAUGGCGCUGUAGUGAAGGAUAAACCACCCAGUGGUAGCGCCAAAGGCAGUGCCAGUAGCAAGAGACCGAAAGACAAGGAUAAGGAAUAUUAUGUAUAGAAAUCAAAUCAUUUCACAACACAUGAAUAAACUGUUUGGAACAAAGGUAAAACAUUCUGACAGUACCAUAUUGGCAACUGUGAUUUAAAAAGAACAAAUUUUCUGAGAACUCUAGACUCACAGAGUCGCUUACAGAUGAACUUCAGCUCACAGAAGCACACUUACUAUUGUAAGCGUUACAAAGAGACAAUGCAGUACAACUUCAUCGGGACAAUUUGAAAAGUCCCCGCUGGAGACAUUUGGCAGUGUGAAUUAUCACUCAAACACCCCACAUGACCCCAAGUGACUGUGAAGAGGUGUGUAAUCCUUGGAGUUCUACUGACCCUGUCCAUUGUAACCCUGUAAAAUACGAUCACUGUCAUUUUGGCCAUUCUGAGCAUGCAUGUGAGGUGUAUGUGAUGUGGUGCUGGCAUCUGUGUAAGAGAGGGACCUCAAGAAAUCAUGAUUUUUGGGGAAAGUUAGAAGUCAAAAAAUAUAUAUAUAUUUUUUUUGCUACUCAAACGGUUUAUUAAAUGCAACCGUCAUGGACGCGACAUCAGGUAAAGUAUACCUGUGCUUAAAAGUGUGUUUUUAAUUCUGGUUUAUUUUUUAUUUAUUUAUCCCUUUACUUAUUAAUAUAUUUAUUAAAAUGAACGAUUUUCUGUCUCUUGUCAAAGAAUAUAAUGGUCAGCCGGGUUUUGACUAGACAGUGUUCAGUCAUCGCUGCAGGAAAUAAAUGUCAUGUAUCUCAAACGUCUUCGCUCCCUUGGCAUCCAAAUUCUAGAUGUUUCUCAAGCUUGCAAAAGCAAACUGAGUUUUCAGAAAAGUUGGAGACAUAGUUAUUUCUCUAAAUUUGUCAUUAAGUAUGCAGGGAUGCACCAAAAUGAAAAAUUGGACCUAUAUCGAUACCCGAUAUUAAUAUUGCCCUCAAUAUUGCCCAAUAUUUACUGACAUUAUAUAUAUUACAUAAAUUUACCCACCCUUUCGAUACCGUGAAACAAUGCUGACAUUGUUUCUCCGCUUCAGUUGAACCCCCCCCCAAAAAAAAAAGCUGUGCUGCAUCACUAUCACAUGACCAAACAAAUACCACAUGGCCAACCCCCUCCCCUCCUCCUGCAACACACACACAAACAGCAACAAGAUGGAAAUAAAAAUCGGUUAUCAAUAUUGGCCCAUUUUUACUUGUGGGAUCUUUACGAUAUGUUAAAGAAUUACUUACAUCGACUCAUGAGGAUGUCAGUGCAGAUACGUCAUGCAUCCUAAAUAUUUUGUUUCCUUUAUUUUCUGUUUUAAUUGACAUGCUGUGUUAAAAUACUGAUGUCUGCAAACACUAUAAUUGUCACAGUUAUCGAAGAAAACAAAUGUAGGGUAAAAACUUACUGCAGUGUCACCAAGUUUGUUUUUUUUCUUCAGUUUUCACUGAAAACUGUGUCAAAACAAAAGUGUUUACAUAGUUUAUCACAGCUAGCUAGUGUUUUUGGGACUCAUUGUACAGAAAAGUUAAAUUUUCUGUAGGAUAUUUUUUCUUUGGUCCUCCUAAUGUCCAGACAGUUGUACAUUUGAUUUGAUCGUAUUUAUUUUUUUGCCGUAGCAACAUGUCGUUUUUUUGUUUGCCCUGGAGUGAAUAAUGGAUGUCGACAGGAAAAAGUCCAGAGAGACUGGAGGUCUAGUCUCUCCGGAUGGCAUUUAUCUUCAGUCGCAUGAAAAUUCAACCAUCUGAUGCUGUCUACAUCUCCCUCGGAUCUUGCGUGAGGGUCUUCUUCUGAAAUUAUGUUUUCAUCAUGUGUAUUUAUUUUUUUAUUGGAAAUCUUAAAAAAAAAAUAAGAGUAUAAAACAAUAAAGACUGAUCGUGGUGGAUUUGGAGAGCUGUGCUGGCACCUUACUGACUUACAGCUUCGGUUUCUUUGUUUUUCUUUUUGAUUUCAUUUUUACUGUGACGUUACUGUCUUGUCUGUUCAACUUGUCAAUUUACUUUUUUUUCAGUUGUAUAGUUAAUUUCACGUCUCAUUUAUAUGACAUUAUGUUCUAGGAAAUCAAUGUUUUUUAUGUCCUUAUUUAUUGCAGAAAUUAGUUGUCAUUCAUUUACACGCAAAUCAGUCCGUCAGUGUGUAUUUGUCUUUUUCAUUCUUUUUGUGUUGGUACUUGGCUUUUAAACCAGUUAAUUAUUGUCUUCUGCUCCCUUGACUUCAAACAAUUCCCAGAAAUAAAAAGAAAAUGUUCCCAAA